GAGGCCAAGGCUACUAAUUCUUAGUGUUCCACACUAAGGGGUUCUUUGACUAGGGAGUAAACAUGGGAAGGAGAACUACAUAUUUAUUCAUCCUCCAUAUUUCAUGGAUCUUAUGUGAAAAUGUCUUAUCUCUGCCUACACCAAGAGUUUUAGAAUACGAUGUGGAUGGUGGAAGGGACAUGGACAUCUUUGAUAUCAAUGAAGAGGCUGGGUUAAACCUGGUGGAGGGGGAUAUUGAGCUUGAUGAGAAACAAGGCCGGAAUUCUAUAAUAGGGGAUCAAUACAGAUGGCCAAAGACUGUUCCCUACUACUUUGAGGAUGACUUGGAGAUCAAUGCAAAAGGUGUUAUCCUGAAGGCCUUUGAACAGUACCGGCUGAAGACCUGCAUCGACUUCAACCCUUGGGAAGGAGAGCACAACUACAUUUCCAUUUUCAAAGGAAGCGGUUGUUUCUCAUCUGUGGGUAACCAACAUGUGGGGAAACAGAGGUUGUCCAUCGGGAACAAUUGUGACCGCAUUGCGACCAUCGAACACGAAUUCCUCCAUGCACUGGGUUUCUGGCAUGAGCAGUCACGGUCGGACCGCGAUGACUACGUCACCAUCCUGUGGGACCGCAUCUCUGAGGGUAAGGAACACAACUUCAACACGUACAAUGACACCAUGUCCAGUUCUCUGGGUGUCCCCUACGACUACGGUUCCAUGAUGCACUACAGUAAGACUGCGUUCAGGAACGGUACCGAGCCCACAAUCGUCACCAAGAUCCCCGCCUUCGCUGAUGUCAUCGGUCAGCGCAUGGAGUUCAGUGAUAAUGACCUGCUCAAGCUACGGCGCCUCUACAACUGCACACGCUCCUCCACUUUCCUGGACACCUGCGACUUUGAGAGGGAGAACAUCUGUGGUAUGAUCCAGGGGCUGGGGGACCAGGCAGAAUGGACUAGAGUGACCCAGGCGCCUGGCGGGCCCAAUAUGGACUACUCCAACAUGGGCAAAUGCACCGGCUCAGGCUACUUCAUGCACUUGAGCACUGCCACGGGCAAACCAGCAGACACAGCCAGGCUGGAGAGCAGACUGCUCUACCCCAAGAGAGGCUACCAGUGCCUGCAGUUCUUCCUCUACAACGGUGGUGGCGCCAACGAUCAGCUGGUGAUCCUUGUCCGAGAGUACGAUGAAGCCCACCCCAACGGGACCCUGCGUGUUAUUCAGCCCAUAGUUGCACCACCUCAAGACCUAUGGCACCUGCACCACGUGAGCCUGAACGUGGCUAAGAAGUUCCGGGUGGUGUUCGAGGGUAUCAAGGGUGACGCCCCCUCCACAGGUGGUCUCUCCCUGGACGACAUCAACCUCUCCGAGACUACCUGCCCCGACCACGUGUGGCGGGUGAAGAACUUCAGCCACAUCAUGGAGACCACUCCUAACGACAAACCCAUCUACAGCCCCCCGUUCAAGUCCAGAGAGGGCUACACCUUCCAGAUGGGGCUCUACCCCAGUGGGAAGGAGGGCUACCCGGGGGAGCUUUCUGCCUACGCCCACCUGGUGACCAUGACCGGUGACACAGAGGUGCGGAAGUGGCCGUGCCCGUGGAAACAGAUGACCAUGAUGCUGUUUGACCAGAACCCAGACAUCAUGAGGCGUAUGAACAACCAGCGCAGUGUCACCACCGAUCCUACUAAGAAACUCAGUGAGACUUCAGAGCUGUUCUUCUGGGAUGACCCUCGUAAGGUGGGCGUUGAAGUGUCAGAGGCGGACGGGACCAAAUAUUUUCGUGGGCCGGGUGCCGGGACAACCGCGUACCUCACCCAUGGCAGGGCCAAGAGCAGGGACUUCAUCAAGGGGGGAGACGCCAUCUUCCUGCUUACCAUGGAGGAUGUGUCACAUCUUACGGUGACCCAGCCCGUACCCUCCUCCACAUUGCCACCAGUCACCACGAUUACCACCGCCAUAUUGCCACCUACUGACCCCUGCACUAAGGUCACAUGUGGGAAUGAGGGAGUCUGUGUGGUGGAUGCUGGAAAUGCUCUUUGCAGGUGUGCAGUUGGUGAUGACUGGUGGUACUAUGGAGAGAGUUGUCAGUAUCAGGGUUCCACCCAGGACACGAUGACCACAGCGCUUAUAGCCUCUUUCUCUGUGCUGGGUGGCAUGCUGGUGGUGACUGCAGUCAGUGUGGUGUGUGUGAAGAGGAAAAACAAGAACAGUGGAGGUGGAGGAGACAGGGGCAUGACCAUGUCCAAUGUCACCGUCACAGGAAUGUAAUGUUUUUUCCCUGCCAGAACCAAAUCUAAUCAUGGCCAGCAUUAAGUAGAUGAAGAAGUUAACUGCAAAAGUUACAACUCCUUCAAAUAUAAAAUUACAAAAGAUCUACUGGAAAUUCCACUUGUCUCUUCCCAAUAAUUAUCUGCCUAUCAGCCAUGUAUUUUGAUCAGCCUGUUCAUUUUACAUGAAUUGUAGUUUCUUUGUGUAUGUAAAUCUCCAAUUAUUUGUUUCUGUCUUAAAUCGGAUUACUUUUCUUGUGUUAAAUGUUAAUUUAAUUUUUGUUUAAACACUUGAAAGGGGGAAGUGCUCUA